AUGAAAUCAUUCAUUAUGCUUUGUGCUCUGGCGGCCAGCGCAAUGGCAGUGCCAACGGCUCAUGAUUAUCAAUUGCACGAGCGCCGCGAUUUCAUCCCCAAAUCCUGGGUCGAAGGAAAGAAGCUCGACGGACAUGUGUCACUGCCUGUGCGAAUCGGGUUGACCCAGUCUAACCUAGACUAUGGCCAUGAGCUGCUUAUGGACUUGUCCAACCCCCACUCUAGCCGCUAUGGUCAAUAUCUGUCCGUCAAUGAAGUGCACGACCUGUUUGCUCCAACAGAAAAGAGUGUGGAGGAUGUGCGUUCUUGGUUGGAGUCGGCAGGUAUUGCAAAAGACCGUAUCACGCAAUCAACCAACAAGCAAUGGGUCCAGUUUGAUGCCGAUGCCGAGGAGCUGGAGAAUUUGUUACACACAAAGUACUAUGUCUACUCACAUGCUGAGACGGGCCGAUUGCAUGUGGCCUGUCGCGAAUAUCAUGUCCCGAGCUCCGUGCGUGAGCACGUCGACUAUAUCACUCCAGGAAUUUCUCUGCGGGAGGUGACUAGUGUUAGGAGAUCGAGUAAGCAGAAACGUCUUGUGAAUGGGAUUCCCCCUAUCCUUGAGCCGAUCCUCCUACCGAUUGAGGAGCUGCUCAGCGAGGCUCCGUCCCUUUGCUCCCAAGUCAUUACACCCCAAUGCAUCCAACAGAUGUAUAACAUCAGUGAGGGCCACUCUGCCACAGAAGGAAAUGAAUUGGGAAUCUUUGAAGGCAUCGGGGACGUCUACGCGCAGGAAGAUCUAGAUUUGUUCUUCUCGAAAUUGUACUCGACAAUCCCCCAGGGCACACACCCCAUUCUCAAGUCGGUUGAUGGUGGCGAAGCUCCUACAGACACUUCCAGAGCUGGGCCUGAAUCCGAUCUGGACUUCCAAAUCUCCUACCCGAUUAUCUGGCCACAGAAUUCUAUUCUUUUCCAGAGCGAUGAUAUGCAUUAUGAGAAUCAUUAUACCUUCCGUGGCUUCCUCAACACGUUCUUGGAUGCCAUUGACGGCUCGUACUGCAGUACCAUCUCGCCUUUGGACCCUCCUUACCCCGAUCCGGCGGAUGGAGGCUACAAGGGCUCCUUGCAAUGUGGCGUGUACGACCCACCCAAGGUCAUCUCGAUUUCCUAUGGCUCCGCCGAGGCCGAUCUCCCCAUUUCCUAUCAGCGGCGACAAUGUGCCGAAUUUAUGAAGCUGGGUACAAUGGGAGUUUCAGUGCUGGUCGCUUCGGGUGAUUCUGGUGUGUCUGGACGUGGAGGCGACCCGACCCCUAGCAACUGCCUUGGUACAAAUGGCAGAAUCUUUGCUCCGGACUUCCCGGCCACCUGUCCAUAUCUUACUGCGGUUCCUCGCCAGGAGAUCAUCAGGAGCAAGCUGUCACUGAGAUUCCCGUCAGGCGGCGGUUUCAGCAACAUCUACAAGGCGCCUGACUAUCAGGCUCAGGCUGUUGCUGAUUACUUUGACAAGGCCCAGCCCUCAUACCCAUACUAUGAGAGCGUGGACAACAGCAGCUUCGGUGAGAAUAACGGUAUCUACAACCGGAUCGGCCGUGCCUAUCCAGAUGUUGCUGCCGUGGGUGAUAAGGUCGUCAUCUAUAACCGGGGAAUGGCCGUGUCGAUUGGCGGGACAUCGGCCUCCGCACCUGUAUUCGCCGCAAUCCUCACCCGGAUCAACGAGGAGCGACUGGCCGCUGGCAAGUCCACUGUUGGCUUUGUCAACCCUGUAUUGUACGCACACCCUGAGGCAUUCUUUGACGUGACCACGGGCAGCAACCCGGGUUGCAACACUGAUGGCUUCUCUGCGGCGAAAGGUUGGGAUCCAGUGACGGGAUUGGGUACGCCCAAUUAUCCUGAACUUUUGAGAGUUUUCAUGGAGUAG